GUCAAGAUUACGUAAACACAUCACCCAGAAGGAGAAGGCAGGACGACAAAGAUCUCACCACAGUUCUGCUGGUGGACAGUAAUGGAAGGUCCUCCUUUGGAAGGUUCCUCAGUGUUAAACCCGACCUAGGCCUUAUUACCUCGACAGCACGUACCUUCAUACAAGAAGGGGUCACGACUGAGUACGCCACGCAAGUGCUCGGUACCACCCUAGACAAUGGACGACUGUACGCCCACUUGCUCACCAAGAGCUCCAGAGUCCUCUAUGACGAUUCUCCCUCGAAAUCAUACGAUCCGCACAAGAAGAAAUAUUGGAAAGUAAACGCUAACGCCAUUAACACCAAACAAUUCAUAAAAAACACCGAUUACAUCGUUCCCACCAGAGCGGAUGCCGUAUACGUAUUUCCUACCGAAAGUCCCAUCCAAUAUGCCCCCCUCGAGACUAACAAGCAAGAAGAAACGCCUAGAAGUCCCCAAGACGUAAUAGAGGAAGAACUACUGAAAGAAUCGCCUUCAAAUAACUUCAGGGUGCCUUUCGAAGAAAACCUAAAGAAUAAGGACGGCAUUCCUCAGCAAAGUAACGUCAAAGUUUUCAAAAUCAGCCCCCAGGACAGAGACAUAACCCUAGAAAACGUUAUAAACCACAAGGAACCUGUGGAAAAGCCUUCAGAAGAUUUCGGACCGUCCAAAGUGCGACCUUGGGACAACUUACCGACCUUCACCGUGAGAAAUGAAUUCUCCCCUUCGGGACUCUCUUACCUAGGGGAUUUUCCUGAAUUCGAUAGUCGUACAGAACGCUCCAAACUCACGACCCCCGCAGAACGAAAGGCGAAAUUACUGUUUAGAGCCGGCUUGACCAAACCGAACCCUAGAGAUUUUACAUCCAUAACAUACACAGGGUUCGCAGAUUUCACCACUACCGUCGGCGACACAGUAAUAAUAUUCACUCCUCAUACGUCCACUACUAACGAAAAUUUCGCAGAAACUACAAAGAUAUCUGUAGAACCCACUCUUAUUCAACCAACUGCUACAUUACUUGGUUCACCAGAUGUAACCACGUUACUGCAGCAGACACCAGAGGUACCAAGUGAAACUGAAAAACAAGAAGAACCGGAGGAACAACCAGAAGGACAACUGGAAGAAGAACCAGAAGAACAACCAGAAGAACAACCAGCCGAAGAACAACCAGCCGAAGAACAACCAGCCGAAGAACAACCAGCCGAAGAACAAGCUGAUAAAAAACCAGCUGAAGAACAACCAGUAGAACAACCGAUUGAGGAAGAAACGCCGGAAGAACAACCUACACAAACUCAAACCGAUGACUUAGAAGAGAUGAAAACACUAAUGCCUACAAUCGUUAUAGAUAAAACAGAUAGAUCAAGAGAUCCUAGUACUCAAACAACGGAAGAACGUGUCGAUAUGGAAGCCAAAUCAGCAGUUUUAGCUCAUGAACAAGGACAGGACAGUACUACAAGCUCUUCUAGUAGCACAUCUACGCUUGCAGCUUUUACACCAGACCUCAUAGAACCAUCGGAAAGUAAACCGACGAUGUUGUCGACUCCAUCGGAUGAAGAUAUCGCCAAAAUCUUCGCUUUACUACAAGCACAAGCUAAACAAUCCACGCAACCGCUGGAAACUGCAUCGACGAUAUUCUUCGAUGAAAAUCAAGAAGAAACGACUACUUCAGCCAGCGGUGGGGCAACCACAAUAUUUUUCGAGGAAGAUGCACCCAUAGAAACAAGCGCGGUAGAAAUUCCUGCAGCUUCUCAGGCAGUCGAAGAAAGCAUGGCUGGUACUACAGAAGAAGAAAUAAACCAAAACCUCAUUACGACAGAAAAAUUACCAGAAACUACAAAGCAAUUGCCCACUACUCUAGAACAACUCGAUAUUACUAAUGAAAUUUUAACAACCAGUGACAUCAUUAGUACCAUACCUAUACAGGAGACAACUCCAGAAAUGCUUCCAGAAUCGCCGGAAACCGAAGAAAAACAAGAAAAUGCAGAUGUUGAGUGCACCGAAGGAAGUCAGAUUACACCUACAACAAUUUACAAAACUUUAACAUAUUUCACAACGUUCUUCCUUCCAGUCGGUGAUGGGUCCACCACUUCAGUCAAAUCCAACGAAGUGGUGUCGACACAAAUAGGCUUCCUAACUUUACCCUGCGAUGAACCCAUCUCUCCCUCUACGACCAUUCAGCAAGUAGACACCACUACUACACCUAAGAAUGAUGAACAUAUCACCAUGAUACAUGAAGAAGGGUUGAGAAUCACUACAGAAGAAAGCAGCACAGAACAGACAAGCGAAAUCUUCGAAGAAAUGGCUACCACUGAACGGGAAGUAACCACCUUUAAAUCCUUGGAGAUAACUCCUCAGGAAAUCACCACAGAAAAAAGACACGUCACAGAAGAAGAGGAAGAUGCAAUCGAGGGCACUACUGAAGACGGUGACGAGGUUGAACUGAUAUACAAAACAUUGUAUACCACUUACACUUACCUCACGACGUAUUUCCAAGAAUCUACGACUUCGAUAGCCAGUAGGAUUGUCGUAACAACUAAUGUCAUCACAUCUACAUUAGAACCCGGUAGCGAAGCUACAGACCCCGCAGUAGCAGGGCUACUCGAAGGAGAUGAUAAUUUAAUCUCAACAUACAAGUCAAAAACCGUAUCUUUCGAAGACAUAACACAAAUUCAGCCUAGCAGUGUAGAUGACGAAAGUACUUCAACCGCUCACAUAUUCCAGAAUAAUGAAAACGGAGAUGAAAAUAACGAAGAAGGGUCAUCUUUGUUGAAGGCAACGCCAACGCUUGAUAAUGAAAAAGUCGCUCAUAAUGGAAUUAAAACAUAUUACACUACUUACACUUACUUUACCACAAUUUUCGUGGACGGUGCAACUGAUAUUUCUAGUAGAACAGAGGUGUACACGAACUAUGUAACUCCUACAGUACAACCUAGUGCUGUUGAUGAUAACAUUUCACCUACAAAAAUUGAAGAAUUAGAAGAAGAUACCAAGGAUCAAUUAGAACUACCAGAGGAAGAUGAUGAUAAUGAAGAAAGUGAAAUAAGGCGAAAAAUCGCCAGCUUAAAUGUAUCAGCUCAGAAUAGUUACAACACUAUUAACAGACAUCAUAAAACGGUGCUGACUGAAGAACAAACAGAGAAAGAGAAUGAAAUUUAUUCGUCCGUUACAUUCAAUCAUGAUAAUAACGUGGUGGCAGCUACUCCGAGUAUAAAAGAACAGGGUUAUAUCACAUUGCAACGUGGUGGUACCACGACGGUGGAUAAUGAAAUUACUGAAAAUGCUAUUUUGAAUCUAAGUGACUACGAAACUAUAGCUACGAUGGUCACCGACGUACGUAGUAGUACUUCCGAAGGUGAUAGAAGAAUUAUAGACAACGUAGAUAAAAGAAACGUAUUAGACGAUCAAAUAGUGUCUGAAUCUAACAACGAUUCCGAAAUCCUUCCAUCCCCCACCUUGUUGCUGCAAACAAGCUACACCACCUUCACAUACUUCACGACGAUGUAUCACGGUACGACUUCGAGUAAUGUAGUUAGCAGGUUAGAGACGGUGACCAACGUGGUCACACAAACAUUAACUCCAACACAAACCCUAAGUGCAGAGGAUCUGAGCCUGCCAGUAACUUACUUCACCACGUUCACGUACUGGACUACUCUUUAUAAGAACGGUACCACUAAAGUUACGAGUCGCGAGGAAACAAUUUCCAAUGUUGUUACUCCUACAAUAGAAGCUACUAGUCCAGCUCCUUCCAUUAGUAUAACUCCGAUUGUAACUGCGCCCCCUGCUGACGAUAUAGUGCCUACACAAUCCGAGAACAUUGUACCGUCUACGGUAGGAGAAGACGAUCUGACUACAUAUUUUACCACCUACACGUACUUCACAACUUCCUACAUUGGAAAUAGUACCGUCUUGAACAGCAGACUCGAAACCGUUACUAAUGUUGUGAAUAACUCUGCAGAAAUAGAUUCGAAUCAAAUCGGACGUACUGUUGGUUCCGGUACUGAAAAUCAGUUAGACGAUACUAUAGAAAAACCGAAGAUAGAACCAACCAGUAUCACCAGUACCAUUAGACCUACCGGAUUACUAUCUACCAUAAUGAACACCGAAGAAAAUGACGAUACUACCACUAUUCAUUCAACAGGCGUAUAUGGUACGUACAUAGAAGGAUUAUACGCAAAAGUUCUCGAAAGUACCUCGACUAUUAUCUCGAAAACAAUUGCUCCGUCUUCCGUGACAACAGAAAACUUGAAACCAACCGGCGUGGUUAGCAUCAACAAAGGAAAAAUUGUCGAUGCAGAAGGCGUCAGCACCUUGUUUUACACUACACAAGCCGUGGGCACGUAUACAGAUAACAGAUACGCCCAGGUGAUCAGUAGUACAAGUUCCCUUGUAGUUGAUGAAGAAAAGAAGGCUGCUCUGCCCACAGAUCUACCUAUACAUCGAACAGGAUUAGUGAGGCUUAUAGAAGGCUCUAUCAUACAAAAUGAUACAACGACCUUGUACGAAUCUAAAGUGUUGGGUACCGUCAUCGAUGGAAGAUACGCUCAAAUAAUAGAAAGCACUUCCAGCUUCUUGGUAGGAAAUGUUAAACCAAGUGCUGUAAGCGAAAUUGUCCCAUCACCCACUCAGGCGCCUGAUCAGCAAAUAGCUGCAACGGACACUAUCUCUCCGUCACCAGUAGUUAUAGAAGGAUCGAUCAGUGAUUCCUCUAAAUCAGAAGAUGAAACUUCUACAGAAGAAACCGGCGAAGAAGAAGAAGAGGAGGAGGACGAUCCAGAUAGUAGCAGAACAAAAUCCAGACUGACAUUCCAGUCCAAAAAACGAACUUUCACUCCGGCUAUUAGACCGUUUGCGUCGCGUCAAAGACCUACGUUCGCGCCCAAACGAAAACAAUCAGGCCAAAGCACAGCUGCAACUAUUACAAGGAGCAACUUCACACCUACAGUGACCGCGGUUCCAGCAUCUAAACCCAACAGAUUUGGAGGCAGACGUACCUCUUCGGGCGCUCAAGUCGUUCAACCGACUGCUUCUGGUGGCAGACGAUUUGCCAGACCAAAAUCUACGGCUGGCGGUGCCAGUUCUUCAGCUUUUGGAGCAAAGAGAGGCAGUUCUGCUAGGAUUCAGCCAACGGCGAGCGGAUUCGGUGCCAGUUCCAGAAGAGGAGGUUUUAGAUCUUCUAGCGCAGGCGGAGCUCUCAGAUCAAGUUCUCUCUAUGGUGCUAGGCCUAAAAUUCGUCCUACUGCAGUGUCCGGCCUGAACAGGUCACCUAAAUCCAACCUUGUAACGCAAGCAUCGAAUGAGGAAGAAAAUGAUUUGACAACUUUGGUAACUGAUAAUCCAACAGAUAACAUUGGCGAAGAAUUUGAGACCACCCUCGCUCUACAGACUACAACAGAAGGUGCAUCUAGGCGUAGUCAAAACCCUCUAUUAAGGUUUAGAAGACCCCCUCUUCCUCGUCCUACUCAGGCUUCCAGGGCCUCUACCCGAUCUGGUAAAAACGGAAAUUUGAACAACAAAAAAGCUACAUCCACCACUCCCAAACCGAAAAUUUCGUAUAAUAGACCUAGCAGUUUACUCAGCAGGCCCAGGUCUAACGGGCUCUUCCCCAGAAGAGGGCUAUUCACAACUACGACCCCUCCACCUCUUGAAGAAGAGGAAGAGGAAGAAGAUAUGGAAGAUCUUGAGGAAGAAGGAGAUGUUGAGGAAGAUACCGAUUACGAUAGCUCUCUAACCAACACCCAAAUAGCCAAUCCUCCCACUCCUCCAUCUACAAGAACAGGAAGAUCCAGUAAUAUUCAAAUAAGACCAUUCUUUAGAAAACGAACAAGGAGAGACACAUAUUCGAGAUUCAGAAGACCCACAGGCAAAACCACUGCUGCGCCACCACCUCAAGAAGAUGUAGAGACAGAAGGCCCUAAAAAUACAGGAAGAGGUAGAUUUACACCAAAGAACCGUGCAAAAUCUGCACAAACUGCAAAAUCUGCACAAACUACUACAUCUGCUCCUACAACCCGUAAAAGAAUAUCGCCGAGUAAAACAUCUCAACAGGGCAGAUCACAAUUCACGCUUAGAGAAAAAGAUACAUCUUCGACUUCUUCCUCUUCAGGCAGAUCUAAUUUCAAGCGGCCAAAAACCACUUCUACAAGGACUACGAGGCCAACUGCAGCAUCUAGGCCAAAAUCGCCAAGAUUAAGAAAUAAUUAUCAGACAGAGGCAACCGUACACAGAAAACCUACAUCUAGUAAUCGACAGCAGUCGAGAACUACUACUAGAAGCAGAACUCAAAGCAACGCAAGAGCUAGGUAUCAAAAAGAGGAUAAUCAGAAAACUAUCGAUACUAACUUUGUAGUUCCACAAUUCGACGGCACAAUAACUGUGACGCAUCACAUACCCACAGAGGUCAGUAUACCAGUAGUAAACGGCAAAAUAACGGAAUAUAAAAAUGUCGUAUCUGCCAGCCAUAGCACCGAAGUCUUAGAUCCUAGGCAAUAUUCAACAUCUGUAAACGCCUUAGGCAAAGAAUUGAAAGUGUUAUUAAGUGAAAACACAGGCGUAGGGAAUAACGGAGCCACAUUGAUCACACAGUUCAUCCUUAACGAAACUCCGACUACUAGCGUUAUAUUUACCCCCACGUACAUUAACAGGCGGAAAACAUCGUUCUCGCACGUGGUACCAAGCACCGUUUACGAUGUAGAAGAAGUGGUGAACACCAUUCAACCAGCACUGGCCGCUCAAGCUCCACUAGCAAAUAUUUUGCUCUCUCAGCUACUUUUAGGCGGUUUGCAACCACAGACCAACCCGUUGUUGGCUCUGCAGCAACCAGUCCUGGGAGCACCACCCUCACCAACUACGGAAUACAAGACCAGAACCACAACUUAUGUGACUACGGUGACUAGCCAAACAUCUACCGUGAUCCCAUUGACAUUUAGAGGAAAAGAAAUUUUAACAACGAUCGUAGACAGCAGCGUAAAUGUUAUUACCGCUACGGAAUUCUUAACUGAUACAGUUGUUGUUACACCAACCCUAGGGUUCCCUGUACCCCCGCAGUUAAAUACGGCUCUACUGCUACCUCUGCUGCAACAACAGUUGCAACAAGCAGCACCGCAACAACCCGCUUUCAAUUUGCCCAAUGACCAGCCCAAAGCGCAGGCCCUAUACCAAGAACCAGAACAGUUCAAUUUGGCUAUAGAUGACUCUAGCGAGUUACAAGCUGCCGACGAAGUGACCCCGGCUCCUAGACGAAAAGUCUCGAGAAAUAACAAGAAGAAUAAACCAGCUCCAGUGGCACCACCUAAAGAAACCAGCGUGGUAACCUUGUACGUGUCCGGAAGAACACCUGGGGAGUUUACGACUGUCCUUUCAACGGUAACAAUUGGAGAAGAAAAUAACAGGAGAAAGAGAGAGGUACCAUACAUACCGGUAAGACCAUCAAUUACAGUGGACGACCCCUCGGAAGUUGCUAGUAGUGAUCACUAUGACAGUUACGUUAUGCCGACUGCGAAAGACGUACAAUUAGAAGCUUCCGAAAUUACCAAAGAAACAGAAAGCUUGGAGAGCAUAAUAGGAGAUGUUAGAAAACAUUUAACUACCCGCACUCCCGAAUUGUUCAAUGUAAAACCGACCAAAUCGAACCUGGCGUCGAAAAAGUACAAAAUUAAAUACGUAAAAGCUUCGGAAGAAAGCCAAAAAUCUUCCGAUGAUUUUUUAGCGUGUGACCUUAGCAAAGUAGCCCCGCUCGUGCCGAAGGUCGAAACGUUACUAACUCUAGGGGGCCAGUCUAUUAAUACGGAAACUAACAAUAAAAUUUACGUUUCGAAUAAAGAUGGCAAUAAUGUAGACUUAGAUGUAAAAGUAGGAAUUAGAGAUGCUACUCACAUUAAUUUAAGGAAGAAGAGAGACGUGAGUGAUGUUAUAGAGGCGCCACCAGUUAAGAAAAGAAAGAGAAUAGUGAAGAAACUGGUCAGAGUUCAACCAAGGAAUACAACAGAUGUCAGUCCCACAACAGAUAGCGAAAUCGAGGUGACUACUAGGAGAGCUAGAAGACGAUUGAGAGUAAAGAAAAAGAAAAGGCUGCUAAAAAAAUGGGACAACCCAAAUGGUACAAGUACCGAAUCUUUAGAUGAUCUAAAACAAGUUGAUCCUCCAAGUAAAGAACCUGAAGAUCAUUUGCAACAAGCCACUAAGCCUAGAAGAAAAAUCGUGAUUACGAGGAAACGUCUCUUACCAAGACGUGACAAAUCUCUAGAUUUCAGUUCACAAAGCGAAACUAUUGAAUCUUCAACUACGACAACUAUGGUAGUAGAGACAACAAUAGCGCAUUUGAUUAAAGAAACUCUGGUUAGUCAUCAAGAGAAUAGUACAGAUGCAACUGAAGAGAAUAAUAUAGAAAAUGAGUCAGAUGAAGGUAACACUGAAGAAACGACUACAGAAAAUGUGGAUAACGAGGAUUAUGACGAUGAAGAUAACGAGGAUUAUGAAGAUAGAGAAACGGAGAGUCCCAAUGAAACAUUACCACCGGUAGAGAGUCCCAAAAAUGAAUUAACUUUGGAAAAUGAAAAUGGAAAUGAUAGUGAAUACGAUUCUGAAGAAAGCAAACUUGACGAAGUGGAGGACGUCACAGAAGAGAAUCUAAUUGACGAUGAAAACGAUAGUGAUGAAAACACCGAAUCGCCUACAUUCCAAAGCAUCCCCGAAUACGAACCCUUUUUCCCUGAACUCACGGAAUCCCUAGAUGCCCCCGUACUUCUCUUAAAAACCACAGUACUCUCUUCUAUCGAACUAUUGACGAAAACUAUUGUACAAAGUAGACUAAGAACAUUUACGUUUAUCGUGACCAGAGUGCACGGCACUGAACAGAUAGUGACUUCCACCACCGAAGUGAAACCACAGAUACAGACGAGUAUUAUAACCGAACCCCUCACAAAAUAUACCACUUUAACUCUUCUGGACUUCGACGCCACCCAGACACUGACAGAGCUUGAAACGACCACAAUUCCCACUUUGGAUAACUCCCCACCUCAACUUCUUAACCAAGAAAAUGCAGGUAGAGGUCACGAGGAAGCGAGGUAUAACUUAGCGACAAGAAUAAUGUCCAAUGGUGUCGAAGUUAUAGUGGCAGGCGACAAGACGACUCUACCAGGAGAACCUGAUAUCAAGAGGGUGGCUCCCAGUAAUGUCCAGAAACCCGUUACGCUGAAGCCCAGCACCCUAACGGAUCACAUGGUCAUGAUGUUGCCGCAAGAAUCGGCAAACCUCAACGGCCUGGCGUCUUCACUCUACCCAAAUCAAUUUGUGACGAAAACAUGUCUAACAACAUUCACUUACCUAACAACUUACUUGGAAGGCAGUACAACUACCGUAUCUAGUCACGAGCAAGUCGUGUCUAAUAUUGCUACCGAGGAAAGGAACACGGGUAAAAUUUUACCUACCCCAGCUAUGGGCAUUACUUUGACUCAGUAUCCAAACUUAUCUGUUGGAGUGUUUCACACAACGUACACAUAUCUCAACACCAUUUUGGAUGGAGAACAGCCGCUUGUAGUUUCGUCAAAGCAUACCGUCACCAACACAGUCACCGCUCCUGACGACUAUUUGUCCCUUCUACAACCGUCACAUACAGUGUCCGCAAUCAAAGACACAAACACUUACUACAGCACCAUCCCUCUUAAGAAGACGAUAUACGAUGGUGAUCAAUCGUCUGUUGUAAGCACCAACGAAGUUGUAACUCAAGUAGUCAUAACAGAAAGUGUACCACCAAGAGCCACUUCCGUUAUGACGUCUUACAUUGCACUGGACGUGGAAGAUUCAAGUUCAAUGCCGAUGUCUCCGUACACAACAACAGACGUCGUAAAAACUUAUUUCGUUACAUAUACGUACUUUAACACGAUUAUGGAGAACGGAAAACCUGUGAUAAAUACCAAUAUAUCCACUUCCAGUGAUGUGGUAACUGAGAAAUUGUAUUUAUAUCCCAAGAAAACAAAUAGUGUGGUGACAAGUUCCUCGGUUCUUAAAGAUGAAAAGAAACACAAAGUUGAUUCGCCGGGUGAAAAUUUCUAUAUUCUGGCAACGAAAACUUAUUUCACCACUUUUACCUACUUCACUACCAUGCUACAAGAAAAUAAUCCACAAAGUCCUACGAUCAUAAGUUCCCGAACGAGAGUAGUUGAAAAUUUGGUGACAGAAACAAUAAAUCCCGACCUACUAGAUAAGAAAUACUUAAAUAUACUAAAAAGCGAAAUUAGGGAGGGAUCUAACAGCAUAAUUAAAGUUGCAACGUUACAUGACGGUCAAAAAAUUGAAAUUACUGCAAUUGCAAAUGAGAUGCAGGAAAAAAUUAAGCCGACUAAAGUCCUGCCUAUUGAAAAGACGAAAGAUCCGGAUGAAACCAUGAGCAGUAUGGAACCCUCUCCAAAACCCUCGUCUUCAUCAUUGUCGAAUGUAAUUACGGGAUCUACAAUAGUUUUCGUCGACGAUGAUCCAUUUGCGCAGUUCGCUGCAACACCUACCCUCGAUACCAAACAGAAAACUUCUACUUUGCAAAACAAUUUGGGGUCUCUGCUGAGCUCAGAGAUCGUAAAGAACACGAAGGUCUCAACAUCCGUAGGCAAAACCAAACGUUCUACAAAGAGUAAAGUCAAAACUCAGUCAAAUGUGGUCACUCCAACUAAAACUAAGCCUCCCAGUCAACAGACUGAAACUGCAGAUAAAAAUAAAUCACCAAAUCAGAAUCUGAAGCUUCAGAACGAUAAAAAGAAACAAUCUGCUGGAACUAAAAUAGUCAAACCGCCAGCAGCACCGGCCGGGGAUCUAUUAGGGCUAGGCAGCAUAAACAUACAGGCACUGACACCCGUUUUAAACGCAAUGGCUGGUCUGAUCAGUACUAAUUUAAAAUCAAACAGACGAAACGACGCGAACAUCACAACGACCACGACUACCCCAAAGCCGAAGUUGACCUUGAAAAAUGAUGCUCACGUGGUGCCGCCCGCUGUAGACGUUCAGAAUAGAUCGCCCAUAUACAUACCCGUAGGAGGGUUAGCUGAUGACUUUGAAAUAGCAGAGAGUCAAAACAUCGCCACGUUCGACUGGGUGGAUCCACCUCCAAGGAAUCACUUACCGGGUAAAACAACUCACGAGGCGCCUCUCUUAAAUGGCGGAAUACCUAUAUCCCCAGGGGAGGUAAUAACGGCGAAUUCAGACGUAAUCGUGGGCAAGCCCGGAAGGAUAGGUCCAAGAAUUCCAACUAUUCCCCUGAAUCACAUCAAUACAGAAAACGAUGUUCCUAUAGACAUGAAACCUCCGCCAGUACCGAACAAAUGGACAAAAAACAACGAGUACAAGCACAUACCAGUUGCAAACAUUAGAAACGACAAACCUAUGCCGAAUGUGAUCCACGCUCAAAACAACGUCGAUUACAUAGGACCUCCGCCGCCCAUCAAAGAAAAUCUACGCGGAGAUAAAAGAAAACAUAUUCCACUGUUACCGCCUAGGAAACAAGUUCAGGAGUAUUACGAAACGGAACAUUCGACUCAUAACAUUAGAUAUGGCGGCACAAACGAAAUUCCACUGAACCAGCAGGCUUAUCCUAUAAAUCAGAACACUUACGGCCCUAUUUACGCGUCGAACGAAAUAAACAACGUAGUAAGCUUGCCAAACAUCCAACAUUCCAUACAACAGAACUACGAAUCAGUCGCCAAAGAUUCGUAUCCUAUUUACGCCCAACACCAAGCUUCCAUGAUACCGGACGCACCAACAGACAAUUUCAACAUCAAACCUCCUUCUGUCAUCAAUGAACCCAUUGUAUUACCCGAAGUAAUAGAGAGAUCUACAGGUCAACCGUUGCUGGUUAACAUUCAACCGAGUCAAGUGGCCUUUGUAAACAUCCCUUUCAACAGGACAACAGCGCUGAUCUACGGGGGAUCCACCGAACCACACAAGAAUGGCCAGUACUUCGAUGAUCCCUCUCCCUACCCCGAACCGGAAUUUUCCGGGAUAGAAUUUAAUAAUGGCGUCCCACACCUAGCCUCCGUGUACCACAACGAACACUCGAAUCAAAAACAAGUGAAUGGGGUCAUCAAAGUCGGUAACCAAUUCAUUAAUAUUGAACCAGCUUCCAGCGAUCAGAACGUGAAGUUCAAUAUAAAGCCUAGUAAGCCUCAGCAAGACGCUCAGGUGGCUUUUGGAAACAACCACGAAAUCAGCAUAAAUGUGCCACCGAUUUCAUUUGGGUUAGUACACCAGGAUAACGAUUUCAAUGCUCACGUUAUAAAUCAUGGAGAUAUCGAUUUCAGGCCUCCAGCUACUCCAUACGAGGUUGUACAAGAGCAACAUAACGAUGGGAAUUCUGGUUACAUGCAGAUCCCUCAGAACUUCAACAAGAACGAAGUUCAAAGACCUGUAAACGAUCAAAAUAUCAACAGGAAACCUGGCAACUACAUCAACCGUCCUUAUGAUCCACCCGUUAACGAAAUCAGACCGAAUUUCCCGCAAGCCCCUAGGGUCCCUCCUAGUAAGAGGCCUCUCUAUCAACAGAAUCCUCCAUUACAAAAUGAAUUAGAGAACAGAAAACCAGAAGAUCCUUACACAAUGUCAAAUAUUGAAGUCAAAAAACCACAUCAGGGUAAACCUCUACCACCAAAAAGGAAUAAUUUGCGCCCAAGACCACCUAGACCAGAAAGGCCCAACAUCGAAAUAUCCGAAUAUUUGACUCCACCACCACCAGUCAACAAAAUUACUUUACCUAAGCGAGUGUAUAAUCGACGGCCGACAAAGAGGCCUCUACCAAUACCUCUAACACCAAAUCAGGGUGUUGAGCAAGUAUAUAAUAUUCCAAAACCAGAAAAUAGCUUCGGUCAGUCCUAUGUUCCGUCGUACAUAUCAGGUAUCGAUACUGACAUCGGUGAUCACACAGACGACGAUCUGGAAAACGAGGAAGGCGAAGUAAUUCAAGAAUCCAACAGCAGGCCCUUGCUGCCAGGAGAAAUACCUUUUGAGAUACUGAAGGCUAAAACGAGUACCACUGAACGCUCGAGUAUUAAAGGUAAUCACACGAUACGGUUUCCCUCUGAUGAGCAAAUUAAAUUCCCUAGUUAUAACGAAAUAAUUCAGCACAAAUAUCCUAUUAUAUCCCAAAAUGCUAGACCCUUCACAUCACCUCAACCGGGCACUGUUACAAGACCUGAAAAUGCUUUUGUAAGGCCACAUACACCUAUUUCUAGACCAAAAAAUCCCGUGGUAAGACCAGAGAAUCAACAGACGAAUGAGAUAAAUAAUUUCGAUGGAAUACGUCCAGGAAUUAAACCACCUAGUGGUUUUGUAAACUCCCAUCCCAUCACAGAAAGGAUUAAUAUUCACUCUUCUCAAAACGCAACUCAGAAACACAAAAACAGCCCCAAUGGUUUCGUAGUUGCGGGCAGUCAAUUUGACGACGCAGGAAACCAACAUUUCGUUGUAAGUGGUAACCAAUUUACAAAUGUCUUGGGCGAAGUGAAUAAGAAGAAUGACGAAAAUCAUAACUACUUUAACGUUAAGCCCUCUAGUACCCCUAAGCCAAAUAGGGCGACAAUCAAACCGCUUGGUACAACCACUCCUAGUUACCCAUUGUUUGUAGAAAAUACACUAGACAAUGUUUUUGGUUUCAGUACAAAGAGUCCUAUAUCAGUAUAUAAACCAAAAACAACAAAGGCCACUACACAGAAGCCGAUUAUCAUAUACAUCGACGACACUAUAGAAAACAAGGAAAGCUUUUUCAAUCGCAAGAACAACAAAAACAAAGAUAGACCUAGCGUCACAUCUUUACCUAUCGAUACACAAACUGGCAAACCUCAAGAUUUUUUUGCUCUCCCAGCAAACUUUAGUCAAGUCAAUACUCAAACUGAAAAACCAUUUAUACCUAACAAGAACCCUUCACAACCUACAAAUCAAGUAAAUAUUAUUAAUGAUUUUACUACUGAUGCACCACCCCUAAAGUCUACUACAAGUGCUAUUCUCCAGGUAGCAACGCCUGAGUUGAACACCGGAGAAGUCACUGUAACUUAUACCAACGUUACCACUGAAUUAUCGGAUAUGGAGAUCAUGAAACCACCACCUCUCAUUGCAGAUCUACCCGUGAAGAAACCAGGCGUAGAAAUGCAACCACCAAAAAUCGAAAUAAACUCGCAUGGAGGUGAUAUCUUAAGGGUGCCGAAUAUUCAAACUGAAUCUGGGCUAAUUGACCGUACAUCCAGUCCUAAACCAUACAUUCCAGAACCAUUGGACACCAUGGUACCUCCCCCUCAGACUACCACAGAUGAGGAAGUUUUAGGAAUGAGUCCACCUCCUCUUGUAUCUACGCAUAAACCUAUUAUCAGCAAUAAACCAAUCACAACUGUAAAACCGAUAUUUUCCAUGGAAGUCGACAUACCAAAAGAAGUACCUGUGUUCAAACCCAGCACAAGUACCACCACUGAAAGAUACAAUAGAUUCACUAGACCUAGACGACCAUAUACAAGAAAACCAGGUCUCUACAGAACUUCUACGACCACACCAGUCGCUACUGAGGGUGGCAUAUAUAAUAAGAAACCCACUUACCCUAUUUACAAUGUCAUUAACCGAGGUACUACCACUCGUUCGACAACAGAAAAAGUUAUUACUCCAUCUCCUACGAUUAAAACCAAACCAUCUCUGGAGGUAAUUAUCGGCCAUCCAAAUUUGGAUCUAGAUGAGUCCCAAGAAUCUACAACUAUAAGAACCGAGUCUAGUGAAGAAAGUACAAACAUAGUGGAACUUACUGGAUCUGAGACACCUUUGCAAGAAAGUACCACAGAAACAACGGUUUCGCUCAACCGUGAUACAACAGAUUUGUUACUCGCGGAAAGUGAUGUCCAUAAAACCCAGGAAAUUCAGACUUCUGAAUCCACUAGCAGAAAAGAUAUCUUUACACAAGCCAUACAUCAUGCUGGUAAUGAAGUAAAAGUGGUGGAUGAAAUUAUCGAUUCUAGUCAUACAACAUCGAAGAAUGUAGUUCCUACAGUCACUACUGAAAGCAAACCAGUUAUACCUACAAGGUACAUUACCUACACGAUGACGUCUACUAUAACAAUAACAAAGACAACGGUGAUUAAAACACUAGGAGGUCCUCCAUCUACUCUCACGAUACUUGUAACUAAAACUGAAACUAGUACUAUUGUAGACACAGUUACAGAAUUUCACACUCUGGUAAAACCGACAAGCAUUAUAGAAACUGUGACUACAACUAUCAAACAAGGAAGUUCGCUGUAUCCUCCAGAUGCCUAUGGCAGUCCUUACCCAUCUAUUCAAAUAGCACCUACCCUUGUAACUCCAUUCUUACAUGAAGCCUCAACAGUAGUCACCGAUUUGUCCCAAGAAGAUCUAGAAGAAUUUAUAAUAAGUGAAACAGAUCCACCACCAAUGAGCAAAAAUGAAGAAGGUGAAAUAAGUGAUAAUGACUCCAUCCUUGUAGUGAUGACAGACAAAAACACCAAAGGUAUUGUUAAGGUACCCAACACCAGUUAUGAGAUUCCGGAUAGAGACGAAGUUAUAACGAGCAACAAGGUUAACAACAUCCUACUGGCUGGUAUACUUGGCGGAAACCAUCCGAACCAGGAUAUUCCAGAAAAGAAAACUGACAAAUGUGAACCAGACUGCAAAGCGACGAGAAACGAGCUCUGCCAGAAGGUGGAAGGCAUCAUGAGAUGCGUUUGCAGACCAGGAUUCGCUAGGAUGUUCCCAGAUAGGCCCUGCUUACCGACCUACACUUACAAUCUAAAAAUAACACUAGACAGGAUUAGUAAAGACCAAUUACACUUUUUCGAAGAUCUGGGUGAUUCCAACUCGACUGAGUUCAUAAAAUUCGCACAAGCAACGCGUGAAGCUCUCGAUAGGAUGGUGAUGCAGUCCGAUCUAAGGGAUAUAUUCCACGGAGUGCAAGUGCAUUCGUUUGGACCAGGUCCCACGACUAAGGGCAUCGUUGCCCGUUUCUACCUACAGCUCUCCGAUAACAUUGACGAGAUACGCCUGGAAGACAUCUUCAAGAAGUACUUGCGCAACAACAAUUACAGCCUAGGCGGAACAGACAUCUUCGCUUCCCCUCAAUCUAUAGAAGAGUUGAAGGCUCAAGAUUUCGAUGAGUGUUCAUAUUCUAAAUUCCACGAUUGCUCAGACAACGCCCAGUGUUUCAAUUUAAGAGGAACCUACACCUGUAGCUGUAGAGAAGGUUAUUUGGAUCUGUCGGAAAAUAUACUUUACCCUGGCCGGAUUUGUUCCGCGGAACAAGUUGGAUGUGAGAGAUGCAACUACCACGGUACAUGCUACUCCAGUGAGGGAGACGAAGUAGUUUGCGAUUGUUUCCAAUGGUACGCUGGAGAGAGCUGCCACAUAAACUUGAAAGUACUCCUAAUAGCUUUGGUGACACUUGGAACGAUUCUAUUCGUCCUACUGUUAGUGUGCUUGAUUUUAACCUGCGUGAGACGCAAACCUCAGAAAGCGGGGGUAGCUGCGGGGAUGGCUGCUGGAAUGAGUUUCUUCCCCCAACGAGUGGGAAGUUCCGGAAAUCGAGGUACACUAGAUAGGAGAGCCAUGAUCCACGAUACGAGUUCAGAAGAUAGCAGAUCCGAGACCAACACGUUGCCUUACGUUCAACAGAAACAGAAGAAACCGAAGGGGGCGCUCAAGAAGACCUCGAAAGUUUCCAUGCAACAUCCCCCCGAUGUGGAGAACGGAAUGAACACGAUUUCCUUCCCUGACCAGAAAGACAGAUCUUUGACUGUGAUGAUCCCGAGAGCUAAAUACCAUCCGGCUCCAACUAUGUCACCGCUCAUGAACUACACCACCUUCGACGCCCGAAAACCGUCAGUGCCGUCCGUCAGCGAAGCGAAGUUGUUGAGUUACUUGGAUGCUGGUCCAUCCCCAAGCAAGUCUGAAGCAAAGAGGAAAUUCAGCAACACGCCGAGCGAGACGUUGAUCGAAGAGAAACCCACUUCCAGGAAAACUUCCGGUGCACUCGUCUCCGCGGGUUUUGAAGUCUCGGCGACGGUGUGCAAUAAUAUAGGUACUCUGGGUACCACCUGUGGUACGGAGGCCGAUCGUAGCGAGAACGCCACGUUGAUACAGAAGAUCAGCGCGGACCUUUUGUCUAGCACGGGCACCAGGUCCCAAUUCAAUACAUUGCGGAAGUCUUUGGUGGAUGAAGAUGUUGAAACGUCCUCAAACUGGCUGGAUAUAGUGCCGAGGGUGACAACCGUAUCGGAGGCCAGAUCGUACGACGAGACGACCAUACCACCACCGAUGAAAUCCUUCCGAACCGAUUACGACUCCAAACCGUCUUCACAGCAGCCGAACGAUGAGGCAAACACGAUGGCUGAAAGAGAUUUAGGAUCUACUUUCUUGCUUCCCCACACGCAUUUGUAUAAACCUGACAGGGGAAGUGAUAUAUCAGGAUUCGAGUCCCUUUAGCAGAAGAAAAUUCACAUGGUAAUUUUCGCAAUGUGCCUUAUCAAUCGCGUGCCUGUGAGCCUGUGGUAUAUAUUUAUUUAUAAAACUUUUGUCCAUGAACAACCAGGUUAUUUUUUACUUUAUACCUAGUAAUUGUUAAUGUACAGAGAGAUUUUAUUUUAUGAGAUUCAUAUUUUUACAUAAUAUAAACUAGGCAUGUCCAAAAGAAGAGAGGAACUUUAGCAACAUUGGCCAUAUAUAUAUUUUUUUAUUGUUUGUAUAUAAUUAUGGAAAAUAUCAUGAGAUGAGCUGCAAAGCCUCCAUUUUUUUUUGGUAUAGGAUACUAUUAGGACUCCGAGAGCGAAUGGGUGUGUAAAUAUUUCAGUGUGCAAGAGUGAGUGCGUAAUAUUUAUAUUAAUUUUAUUCUGGUCUUAUAUUAAUAAUAAUUAUUUUUCUGUAUUAUAUUUAUACUUCGCAGGCAAAUUUAUGUGCAGAGUGUGCCAAAAAAGACUUACAUAUGUUUUGUAAAUUUGUUUUAAUUUUUUUUUUAUUAAAUAUUUAAAAAUAUAUUUUAUGUAAUAUAGUUUAGAUACAUACUGUAUAUCACCGCAAUGAAACCUAAUAUAAUAUUACUAAUAGGUUUUUAUAAAAAGAACGUUUUAAAUAAAUACUAUAUCUGAAACUUA